UUUUAAAUCAUUACUAAACUAAAUCAUUUUUUUUAAAGCAUAAUGGGUAAAAAAGAUAAAUUACAUUAAGUUUCUUUCUUGUUGGAUAAGUUGUAUGAUAUUAAUAAGCAACUAGGAGGCUAUUCUUUCAUCAAGAGAAAGAUAAAUUAUGCUGAUAACAAAUUUGAAGUUUUAUUUGUUGAGUGUAAAGAUAAGAUAAUGCAAAUAAAAUAAAUUUAGAAAAUCUAAGAUUAAGGUUAAAAUAAAAGUAAACCUAACCCAAAAAUUAUAGUUUAAAAGUACUAGAUAAAUAAUAUUAUAAAUGAUUGUUAAAUAUUGAUAUAAUCAAUUUAUAAUUUGCUCAAUAAGCAAGCUAAAUAAAAAGAUACAUGUAAAUAGCUUUUCGAGUUUUAAAAUAAAAAAUACAAAGAUCUGAAAAGAGAAAUUGAAAAUAUCAUGUAAGAAUGUGAUUUAAAUUCAACAAUACUUAAUCUAGAUGAUAUUGAAUUAGUAUAAAACCCUGUCAAAUAUUCUGAAGUAGAUUAGCAAAGUAUUUUGGAUAUAAAUAGAUAAACUAAUAGGAUAAACAGAUAAGAACCUGAUAAAAAAGAUUUAAGUUGCUUUAAAAAUAUUGAACAUAAUAACUAAAUAUAAGAAUAAAUUUUAGUUAGUAUUUAUGAAAAAGCAAAAAUUUUAGAAAAUAAAGUAAAUGAAAUUGGAGAAAAAUAAAAAUAGAUUGGAAGCUAAGUUGGAAAAUCAAAUUAAAUUAUUUAAAAAACGAAUACUAUCCUUAGUAAUUAAACCUAAAGAAUGAAAAAUUUAGUAACAUAACUUAGAGAACCAAGUAAGUUUUGCUUAGAUAUUACUCUAAUCCUAUUUAUUAUUGGCUUAAUUGGAAUUCUUUGGUAAAUGCUAAAGUGA